CCCCAACAGCCCCCACACAUUUCUUCUCGGUUAUCGCAGCGGUCAUGUCUGGCAGAGGCAAGGGCGGGAAGGGGCUCGGCAAGGGGGGCGCCAAGCGCCACCGCAAGGUGCUGCGCGACAACAUCCAGGGCAUCACCAAGCCGGCCAUCCGCCGCCUGGCGCGGCGCGGCGGCGUCAAGCGCAUCUCGGGGCUCAUCUACGAGGAGACGCGCGGCGUGCUCAAGGUCUUCCUGGAGAACGUCAUCCGCGACGCCGUCACCUACACCGAGCACGCCAAGAGGAAGACGGUCACGGCCAUGGACGUGGUCUACGCGCUCAAGCGCCAGGGACGCACCCUCUACGGCUUCGGCGGCUAAAGUUACCUGACAUUAAGACUUCGCUUUUAAAACACCCAAAGGCUCUUUUCAGAGCCACCCAUUUAGACUAGAAAAGAGCUGUAACACUGUCUUUUCGUCGAAAGGCCACCUACUGAACCUGCUGUUACGUAGUAAUUUCUUUGAAUCGCAUUACUGUUUCACAGGUGUUUAUAAUAAUUACCAUGUAAUGCUUUGCACUCUACUACUAGUAGUGAAGUUAAAUUGCCUAGAAGCGGUUUAGUUUACUCCUUCCCCAGUAAAUAUUGAGCACCCUGCUAAUGAAGUAUAUUAUCAAGGCAAAUUAACUUCCUUUUUGUUUUUAGGUCUCACAGAGUUUAGUGCAAUCUGAAAUAUUAAUGACACUGUACUUGAUCUAAGAAUUCUUCCUUUAACUGACCCCAAAUCACUGUUUGGGGAGGAUCAGCAUAUGGAAGUUUAGAAAGGCAUGCAUUAUAAUGGGGGGGAGAGGGGGAGGGAGAAGGAAGCUGAUGAAACAUGAGUAUUUUAUUUCUGAUGACAAUCUUAUAUGAAUUGUUUCUUCAUUGUAACCUGGAAUAAGUAAGCUGUGUUUUCUGUUGUUUAGUUUUUUAACUAUUUAAAGAGUAGAUAUUUAAUAGAGCUUUCUUUAGGGAAGGAAAACACAAAUGAAAACCAUGUUCCUAGCAAGGUGUUGUAACAAUUACUCCAGUCAACUAAAGGUGACCUACCAAAAGGAUUUUGUCACAAAAUUCUUCCCCUCUAUGCUGUCCAGGAAGUGUUUAUAAAGUGCUGUAGCUUUACACCUUUCAUCAUAAAGAUCAAGAGGAAAUAACAGGAAAAAUGUACUUUCCCCCCCUUAUUUUAUAUUAAAAAAUACCUGUAACCAUUUUCUGCUCAUGAAAAACUGUCAAUAAAUGCUCGUAGUCGUUU